AUGUCGAAGGGACCUUCAAUUGGCAUUGAUCUUGGCACCACCUACUCCUGCGUAGGAGUCUUCCAGCAUGGAAAAGUGAAAAUCAUUGCCAAUGACCAGGGAAAUCGAACCACCCCCAGUUACGUCGCCUUCACAGACACAGAGCGUCUUAUUGGAGAUGCUGCAAAGAAUCAAGUUGUGAUGAACCCCACCAAUACGGUUUUUGAUGCCAAGCGUCUGAUUGGCCGUCGAUUUGAUGAUGCGGUUGUCCAGUCAGAUAUGAAGCAUUGGCCCUUGACGGUGGUGAAUGAUGCAGGCAGCCCAAAGGUCCAGGUGGGGGAGACCAAAAGCUUCUAUCCAGAAGAGGUGCUAUCUAUGGUCCUGACAAAGAUGAAGGAAAUUGCUGAAGCUUACCUUGGGAAGACAGUCACUAAUGCUGUGGUCACAGUUCCAGCUUACUUCAAUGAAUCCCAACGUCAAGCGACCAAAGAUGCUGGAACAAUCGCUGGUCUCAAUGUGCUCCAUAUCAUCAAUGAGCCAACUGCCGCUGCUAUUGCUUUUGGCUUGGGCAAGAAGGUUGGUGCCGAGAGAAAUGUGUUGAUCUCUGACCUUGGAGGUGGUACCUUUGAUGUCUCCAUCCUCACCAUUGGAGAUGGGAUCUUUGAAGUGAAGUCAACAGCUGGAGAUACCCACCUGGGUGGGGAGGACUUUGACAACCGCGUGGUCAAUCAUUUCAUUGCCGAGUUCAAGCGCAAGCACAAGAAGGACAUCAGUGAGAACAAGCGUGCCAUCCGCCGCCUGCGUACCACUUGUGAGCGAGCCAAGAGCACCCUUUCCUCCAGCACCCAGGCCAGCAUUGAGAUUGAUUCCCUCUACGAGGGCAUCGACUUCUACACCUCCAUUACGCGAGCCCGCUUCGAAGAGCUGAAUGCUGACCUGUUCCGUGGCACCCUGGAUCCCGUGGUGAAGGCCCUUCGAGAUGCCAAGCUCAAUAAGUCCCAAAUCCAUGAUAUCGUCCUGGUUGGCGGCUCCACCCGAAUCCUCAAGAUCGAGAAGGUCCUACAAGACUUCUUCAAUGGCAAGGAGCUGAAAAAGAGUACAAAUCAGGAUGAGGCUGUCGCCUACGGUGCAGCUGUCCAGGCCGCCAUUGUGUCAGGAGACAAGUCUGAGAAUGUGCAGGAUCUUCUGCUGUUAGAUGUGACCACCCCGUCCCUGGGAAUUGAAACAGCGGGAGGGGUCAUGACUGUCUGGAUCAAGCGCAAUGCCACCAUCCCCACCAAGCAGACACAGACUUUCACCACCUACUCAGACAACCAGCCUGGUGUACUCAUUCAGGUUUAUGAAGGUGCGAGAGCCAUGACCAAGGAAAACAACCUGUUUGGGAAGUUUGAGUUGACUGGCAUCCCUCCUGCUCCCCGAAGUGUGCCUCAGAUUGAGGUCACCUUUGACAUCGACGCCAGUGGCAUCCUGAAUGUGUCUGCUGUGGACAAGAGCACAGGCAAGGAAAACAAGACCACAAUCACCAAUGACAAAGGGCGUCUGAGUAAAGAAGACAUCGAGCACAUGGUGCAGGAGGCAGAGAAAUACAACGAUGUAGAUGAGAAGCAGAGAGACAAGGUGUCUUCCAAGAACUCCCUCGAGUCCUAUGCUUUCAACAUGAAGGCAACGGUUGAGGAUGAGAAGCUCCAGGGCAAGAUCAGUGAUGAGGAUAAGCAGAAAAUCCUGGACAAAUGCAACGAAAUCAUCAACUGGCUGGAUAAGAACCGGACUGCUGUAAAGGAAGAGUUUGAACACCAACAGAAGGAGCUGGAGAAGGCCUCACCCUGUCAGCAUGCAUCCCGUGACCGUCGGUAUUCUGUCCCACUCCCUGCACACAGUGGCCAUCCCGGAUCCCAGUCCCGCAGGCACAAGCUCAAAAUUACUCCAUCCCAGGCCCUGCUGCCACCACCUCCCUGGAGUACCUCUAAUGUCUCCGAAGCCAGCCUGGAUCAACACCGGCAGGAGGAAAACUGGCAGUAG